UCUUAUAUGGAGAAAGUGCAAAGUGGUCGUCCCGGUCUGACGUUGUCAGAGCAAUAUAUAUUUAAAAAGUUGAUUUUGACGUGUUUUCUGUAUCACAUUUGAGGCAUUUAAUGCCCGACAAAAGUAAAACCGAAACGAAUGUAAUACCGAGGCAAUCGUGGUCUCAAGAAAGUAUUACAAAAGAAAAAAUCAUCUUAAGAAAAUUUAUUAAUCCGGCCAUCUAUGUGGAAAAAGAAAUGCUUCCUGCAAGAAAAACUAGUCCGUUGUCUGUAAAUGGAAGUGAUGAGGGUUAUCAAAGCAUUGAUAAAAGGCGUCCAACAACUACUGUGCCAGAAUCCAUAAAGAAAAACUCAUUCUCUGAAUCAAGCAGUAAGCGACGCUUAAAUAAAGUCAGAUUGAUAAAGAAAUGCACUUGCAGCAAGUCUAAAUGUAAUUGUCAAUGUCACCCAUCAGAUAAAAGACAAUCAUCGUCAGAUUUUUGGGAAGUAAGCUCCACAAGUUCUACCUCAAGCACGGAAACCCAAAUUACAGUGAAAAUACAAACUUUGCCUACGGAAAUUCCACCUUUUGAAGUAAAUAAUAUGUCGAUAGGAUCAUUAACGUCCCUCAGUAAUGAAAGUACCAUCUUAGAUCCAAUAGAGAAAGAAGAAAGAAUCAAACAAUGGCUUAAGAGAAAAGAACAAGAGCAAAAACUUAGGAAGCUCGAAGAAGAAAAAAUUCAGAAACAGAAGGAAGAACAGCUAGCAAUGCAGAAGGAACAAAAGAACGAAAUUUACAAACAAUGGUUGGAAAAGAAAAAGCAAGAAGAGAAGCAUAAGAAGAAUAAAGAAAAAGAGGAAGGAGAAAAGAAAAAACUGGACGAGGAAAGAUUGAAGAAGCAAUCGGAAGGCGAACAGAUGUUUCAAUCGUGGUUGAAGAUUAAGAAGAAGGAAAAAAUAGAAAAGAAACUACAAAGUAAAAAAAAGGAAUUGAAAGAAUAUGAAGAAAAGAAGAAACGUUUGGAAGAAAGUCAGCGCGCUUUUGAUGAAUGGUUAAAAAAUUCUAAGUACAAACAGAAACCCGUACCUUCCAAUCAAGGUUUGUCAAGUUUGUUUUUAUCAAAUUUGGUGACGUACGUAAAUCCAGAACCCUGGGUGGGAAACUUAGAACACAAAAAGAGCAAUCAGGUUCAAACGACAUUAAGCGAUGAGAAAGAUAAUUUUCCAGUGAUCGGAAGUGGGCAACUGAUAACUAAAGGCCUUAAAAAUUAUUAAUAUUUUUUAUUGUUUUUUUUUUUAAGUAAAUAUAUCAUGUACCUACCUAACUA